CUCCACACAUCUAAAAACAUACAAAUAUAGUAUGUUCAAGUCCAAGUCCUUUGAUUUGGUCAAUGAGGAAAAGACAAAGAAACCGGAACGGCUGUAUCAGCCUAGGAGGAUGCGAUGGCUGAAAUAUAUCAUCCUUCCUGCGGUUUUUUCCUUUGCCCUCCUACUGAUCCUGGUCAAUGUGGAUUUCUCCGACAACAAUGAGGAAGAGUCGCUUUUAGGAUGGGACAAAUCGUUCUAUGUAUCAAGCCAAGGAUUUGAAAAUAACACGCUGCGAAAGAACUUUUUUUCCAGGAGUUUCGGAUUGCGAAAUGUUACAAUCGAAAACUGUACCAUAAUCCACAUAAGUGAUGGAACUUUUGAUCAAAAUAGCACCCGAUACCUAAUGAGCUUGCAACUCAUAAAUGUGCAACUGGAAAAUUUAACAGAAUCAGCCUUACAAGGCCUUCAAAAUCUUCACAGCUUUACUUUACUCAAUGAGAACAGCUAUUUCAAGCCAUUUGGAUUCCUUUCAGCUGUAUCUAAAACGAUAAUAAAUGCUAGAAUACACCCAUCAUUCUCAACGGAAAUAAAAUUUGCAGUCAGUGACUUCUUGGGUUCCCAAACUUUUACCCAGUUGAAAUUGUUAGACAUGAGUGGAACAAACUUAGGAGAGAAUCUCGGAGCAGAUAGCUUUGAAAAUCUGCCCGCUUUGGAGCAACUGAUUCUAAAAGACUGUGGUCUAAGCCAACUCGAGUGGGACAAUCUACCCCCCAGACUUCAAUUGCUGCAAUACUUGGACUUGAGUGAAAGUCGGAAGUCCUAUCAGCUGGAAUUAUUUGAGAUUACCGCUGAAACAACCAUUGACGAUGAGCAGAAUCCUACUAUCCAGCCUAAAGAAGCCAGGGGUCCAUCCUUUGCACCUUCGACCACAAACUCAACAACAACUCCUACCACCCAGGGUUUAACAGUAACAACAGCCCUAACUACUGCAACAAUAUUCACAGAAGAAACGGUAAUCGAGGAAUUAGAUGAAUCAUCGACAACACCGCGGUCGAAUUGCGAGGAGGUAUACUGCGAAGAACUCGUUUGCUCUCGUAUCUCAGCGGAGUCAAUGAUAGGAUCUGUGGAUCUGGAAAGUUCGGACAGUUGUAAGGAUGGUAUACUGGUAGAAAUCUGCGAAUCGGAUUGCACCACACCCACCUAUUUCUGUGGCCAAUUGGGCGUGAAUUUCACCACCGCCUGCUGUUCUCAGGAUACCAUGAGAUGUGUGGUCCCAACAAAAGUGUCCUGGUUCGAGGAUCACAGCGGCCUUGUCAUUGGAUUGGGAAUAGGACUCCUUUUUGUUGGUACUUUCCUCGGAAUCCUUAUUGCUUACGCAACUAUGCGACUGAAGCCGUCCUUGUUCAGUGGAAGUAAGAGGCGGGAGUCGAACACGAUGGGCCUGAUUCCCCGGAGAUUUGAGAAGGACAUGAACGACUAUGCGGUGGGUCAGAUCUCGACUCUCGACGACAACGAAUAUGUCACUGCGUACCAUCGUUACCUAGAACAAGCGAAUCACCGCCAAUCGGAGUCAAAUAAAUACAUAUAUCCUCCGAGGGAUAGGGCUCCCUCUGUUCCGCCCUCCUGUAAUUACCCUUUACCUUUACCGCUCCCGGCAAGAAAUAACUACAUAUACGAGAGUUGUGAACUGUACGAGGAACUCCCCUAG